AUGAGCAGUACGGUCACAGCACAAGCUCCACAACCAUGCAUACCUACCGACUCAGGCCCUGUGGUACCAACAACCCCAUUGGUCACCUUUUUGGAACGACUCCAAGAAACUGCUCUUAAAACUUACGGACACAAAAACUUUGACCCAAAACUGUACGUCGAUUUGUCAUCAAAAUUCAAUCUUUCUACGACCCAAGAAGCUUUUGACAAGCUUGCCCGGAGUGACAAUGGUUCCGUAUCGGUUUCCGACUUAAAUGGGUAUAUAGAGAACUACUUCAAUGGUGUAGAAGAUGAUUUGGUGUAUGUUGAGCCGGUGGACUUUGAGGCUGAGCCGAAGGGGUUUUUGCCCAAGGUGUUGAACCCGGAGGUAAGGGCUUGGGCGUUGGAGGUUCAUUCGCUUUGGAAGAAUUUGAGCCGGAGAGUGUCCGACGGAGUUUUGGAGCAAUCGGAUUUGCAUACGUUGCUUCCUCUGCCGAAGCCCGUUAUGAUACCUGGUUCAAGGUUUCGAGAGGUUUAUUAUUGGGAUUCCUAUUGGGUGAUAAGGGGCUUGUUAGCAAGUAAAAUGCAUGAGACGGCAAAAGGAAUUGUGAUUAAUCUCAUUUCCCUUGUAAAUGAAUUUGGAUUUGUUCUUAAUGGUGCAAGAGCAUAUUACACUAAUAGGAGCCAGCCUCCACUCCUAAGUGCAAUGGUUUAUGAUGUAUUCAAUCGUACUGGAGAUAUGGAGUUGGUUAAAAAAUCUCUCCCUGCUCUACUUAAAGAACAUGACUUUUGGAAUUCAGGAUUACAUAAGGUGAUCAUUCAGGAUGCUCAAGGAUCCAGUCACACUUUAAGUCGAUAUUAUGCAUUUUGGAACGAACCCAGGCCAGAAUCUUCAGUUACUGACAAGGAAACUGCUUCCAAGCUCACAAAUGUUUGUGGGAAAACACAGCUAUAUCGGGAACUGGCUUCAACUGCAGAAUCUGGAUGGGAUUUCAGUACAAGGUGGAUGAGGAAUGCAUCCGACCUCACGACAUUGGCUUCAACAUUGAUUCUCCCUGUGGAUUUGAACGCAUACAUUCUCAAGAUGGAACUUGACAUAGCUUUCUUGGCAAAUGUUAUUGGGGAGAGUAGCAUUGCUGCACGCUUGAUGGAAGCUUCCCAAGCCAGACAAAAGGCUAUGAACUCUGUUUUCUGGAACGAGGAGAUGGGACAAUGGCUUGAUUACUGGCUCCAGAAUGACUCAAAAUGCAAGGAUGCUUAUCUAUGGGAGGCUUCAAACCAAAACCAAAAUGCAUAUGCCUCAAACUUUAUACCAUUGUGGAUUUUUAACUCAGAUAAUAUGCUUGUGGAGAAAGUUGCAAAAAGUCUCCAAAAUUCAGGCUUGCUCCAACCUGCUGGGAUCGCGACCUCUAUGUUAAAUUCAGGACAACAAUGGGACUUUCCAAAUGGUUGGGCCCCACUUCAACACCUGAUCGUCGAAGGCCUGGUAAGAUCUGGAUCAGAAGAAGCAAGGUCAAUGGCAGAAGACAUUGCUGUAAGGUGGAUCAGAACCAACUACGUUGCGUACAUGAAGACGGGCGCAAUGCAUGAAAAAUACGAUGUACAAAAAUGUGGAGAAUUUGGAGGUGGUGGCGAAUAUGUACCCCAGACAGGGUUCGGGUGGUCGAAUGGAGUUGUGUUGGCUUUCUUAGAGGAGUUUGGAUGGCCUGAAGACCUGAAGUUAGGAUGUCUGUGA